AUGAACUUUACCUGGACCUCCCUUUUUGUCACGGUACUCGCUGUUUCAGUUCUUGCUCUCAAUGAGAAUGAGAACAACUAUCUUCAAGAGUUGGUUGAUGCUGGAAUCUCUCAAGAUACAGCCAACAAGUUGGUGAACAUUGCUGCCCAACACAAUACCGAGGGAUCUGAUCCAAACAAAUCUGGAAGAGCCAUCUUCGAGUCUAUUAUCUCCGAGACAAACGCUGCAAUUGCACAGGCUUCUCAAGCUGAUCAGGAAGCUUACAAGAACUUCGUUGAGGAUAAGAAGAACCAAUACGAGAAACCAGACGAGGUCGAUAACUCCGAUGACGAAUAA